AUGGUUGGGGUAGCUAAGUCGACAGCCUGCAAGAGCUGUAAAAGAAGGCGGAUCAAGUGCGACCAGCGUUGGCCGACAUGCGGACAGUGCAGAAGGAAACUACUCAAAUGCCCCGGGCCAACAAGUUUACUGAAAUUCGUCCACGAGGGAGGAGGUAGCGGUCAAGCUCCGUCGGCAAGCCAGCUCGAACUCUCAACGGGGCCUGAGCCCAGUUCAAGUCGCAGUCAACUUCUCGAUUCCCGGGUUACAGAUCAUCGUGGAAGAUAUCUUUCCAGGGUGGAUGGGAAUGCAGGCUACAGAAAGAUGAAGCUCGUAUCCAUGCCUCAAAAUAUGACGUCUCUCGAACAUCAGGCGGGUGCUCGGCUGGUCAACUCUCUCGAAGGCGAUCCUAGUCUCUUGAGACUGUUCAACUUUCUGCAGUAUAUGCCUUCUCGCCUCGCCCAUAGCUCGUGCCUCAGGGAUGUGGCUAUCCUUUUUUGCUCCACACAUUCAGCUCUUCGCAGGGGAGGCUCCCCGACGACGGAUGUGAGCAUCAUGAGGGAUUAUGGCAGGGCUCUUCGGACGCUUCGGCAAAAGCUGGAGGAGGCCAAGGAUCUAGAGUUGGAGACAUUGGCGUCUGUCGCCUUGCUUAGCCGCGCAGAAUCCGUCUUCAACCCAAACUGGACUCCAUUCAACCGCGCACAUGCCGAGGCAGUGGCCUCCUUCAUUGUGAAGUUGGGUCAUCCCAAGCCCGAUGACGUGUUCCAUAUGGACAUAUUGUUUCAAAGCAUUGAAGAUUUGCUCUUCCAUUCCCUUUCCAAAACCCAGACGCAUGUUUUCAAUCAGCCGGCAUGGCGGCAAACAAUAACAGAUGCCACUCUACGAUUCUUCCCACCAGAACUGAGGCCACAUGGCCAUGAUAUGAUUUCCAUCUUCUACGAGUAUUUGAGGAAGACGCCAAAGUUGCUUACCAAGGUGUACAAAAUCCAUCAAACCCCAUUUAAUCCCGACAUGCAAGAACUAGCAGCUUACAUUUCAGCUGCCCUUGCCCGAGAUUUUGUCCGCGCGAAAAGCGCUCUGCGUCUGCUCUUUGAGAAGGCAUUGAACAUAGGGCAAUUUGAGAAAGCGUAUGAUGCAAACUUCUUUCUCGGCGAGUAUUAUCAAGUCAAGAACGCUCGCUUUGGUGAAUCUAUCACUCUAUUCAAAUCAUUGAUAGUAGGCAUCGCACGUAUCCGCUAUGAUUUGAGCAACUUGUACAGUUACCCGACGCCGAGUGCACUGUAUGAUGAGUACCGGGACGCCUGCGAGGACUUGUGGAUGUUUAUCCCUCUCCGAAUCGAACUCUAUGACGCCUUUGCAUUCGGGGCCUUGACAAUACUGGCGCCGUCGUAUGAGGCUUCUGAAAAUCAUGAGAGGGAUUAUCUCAACGAUCUUCUCCAUGAUCAAUAUCGGUACUCUACGAGGUUACCCAAAGACAGGGCUAGCCUCGAGGUAGCCAUGAUAAUGCGAGCCAAAGCAAUGUCGGGCCGGCUGCCUCCUGCUUUUCAGCAUGUCUAA